GUCAAAAUCUGCCAAGACUAACACAACUCCGCACUUUACAGUAUGUCUCAACAACAUCACGACCUAUUGCUUCAACACGAAGGGAGACUGCAGCUUGCUCUCCAGGCCUACAAUACCAGACAGUUUCAGAGCCAUCGGGCUGCUGCUGCUGCAUUCAACGUUAACCAACGCAGGCUCUCUGAACGCGCUAGCAAUACUCUAUUUCAACUCAACCUAGGCGAUUGGGAGUGGGUUACAGUUAUACAGAGCAUCUGCGCUGCUGGAUAUGCGACCCCGCCUUUCAUCAUCUACAAAGGACGCAUCCACAUCUCUGCCUGGUACAAGGAGACAGAUAUACCACACAAUUAGAAGCUCUCUGUCUCUGAGAACAGCUGGACAAACAACGCGCUUGGCCUUAAGUAGUUGAAGCAUUUUGACGCGCAUACAAGAGCGCGUUAGGUAGGGGGAUACAGGCUACUUAUCUUAGACAGCCAUAAGAGCCACCUUAACCAGGAUUUUAAGGACUAUUGCCUAGAUAACAAGAUCCUUACUCUCUGUAUACUAGCUUACUCGUCACACAUCCUCUAGCUGCUUGACAUGGUCUGUUUCUCGCUGUUGAAGCGCAAGUACUCCCAACGCGUCUAGGACUUGGCACGCUAACGCGUCUUCUACAUUAACAAGGAAGGCUUCCUUCUAGCCUUUAGAGACGCGUUUCUUAACGUGUUUACAAAGGCUAACUGUUAGAAGGCCUUUAAGGCAUCAGGGCUAGUCCCUACCAAUGCGCAGGUAGUGUUGGAUUGCCUUAAGGUGCGACACUAUACCCCACUAGCACCCCCUCUACUAGAGACACUGUG